GGCUGCAGGUGACUGCGAGCUCAUUAGAGUGCGCACCGGAAGUGAAGUAAUUAAUCGGGAAGGUGAGGAAGGAGCGGAAGCAGUAGGGUGGAAAGGUGUGCAUGAUCAGUAUGUUCUUACGAGCUUCCCACACGGCUGUGUAAUGAGUUCCCCGUCCUGAAACUAGUAGUUUACUAUUAGUACCUAAAACUAAAUGAUACCGGACUGUAUUGGGCUUCCAGGCAUGAUUCACGCCUAAUAAACUCAGGACAGCGCAUACACACACACUCUGUCCUCUGGUGAAAAGCGCCGAUGUUUCCUUCCGCCGGUCUGUUCUCUGACUCGGACUGUCCACUCUUCUCUCGGGGCGGAUGUGAGCGACCUUACUGUCCAUACAAACACACCAAACAAGGAGACGGCACGUGUGCGACGGGGGCGCGCGCAGCACCUGGGAAAGGUCAUGGCAGUCAUAAUGCUGUUAGCAGAACCUUCCACAACCAGGAACAGAGCCACAGUUGUCUUACAGAGCUGGAACAGAUCAACAAACAGAUUGAAGCAGUUAGAAAUGAAGUGGAGAAAGAACAAAAAAAGCUGUCUCGCUACCAGUCUGAGCAGGCUGAGAGUGCUGGUGCGAGCUCAGAAGAAUAUCUUGUGACCAGAAAAUGUCGGUCUAAAGACCAAAAUGGAAACCAGCUGAAAUGUAAAAAGGCCGCUGCUUGCAAAUACAUCGUCGAUCGCACCAAACCGAAAACUGAUCUGGAAUAUGACCCGUGUUCAAAUUUUUCUGCUGACCUGCGAUCUGGCAGCUCAACAGAUAAAACGAAGUCGACCAAUAAAGAUGACGUGGUACGUGAUCAACGGGGGAAAAGAAAGGGUAAGAGUGUGCCUUCAGAUCCAGUUCCCAUUUCUUCUUAUAAUUUGGAGGAUUCUGAUGAGGAGGGGGAGCUGGUCAUUGACAUUCCACCUUUGGAAAAUGACUGUAACAAGAGAUCCCAGUUGCAAAGUUCAGCCAAAGACAAUGAACAUUUUAUCAAGAUAACCAGGAAAUCUUUAGAAAAGUCUCAUCCUGACACGGAGAUGCCACCUCUAGAAAAGAAAGAAGAAAAGAUUAGGCAGGCAAAAAAGACCUUGACUGAUCUCGCUGAACAACAGGAGUCCUCACAAUCCUCGUUCGAGGAGACUGAUUUGGUAAAACGAAAACACCCUGUUCUUCAAAAGGUAAAAAUGCCUUCUGAAACAACCCUUGCUGUCAGAAGUAUACCUACUGAUGAAGAACAGAAACCUUCAGUUCAUCCCAGGAUGGUUAAAGAAGAACCUGAAUCAUCGGACAGGAUGAUGGAGAUUGAUGCCUCACCUCUAGAAAAUAAUCAAGUGCUUUAUAGGAGCUCGAAACAAAACUUGGCUGCUGGCAAGAAUAACAAAUCUAAGGAGGAGAUCAUAAACAAUGCAAUUGAAGGUUUUUCAGAAUUGCAAGAAAAUGCAAAGUCCGUUCCAGUGUCAGGUUUUUCACCGGUUCGUCAGUUGGAAAAAUCGACACCAGAAGAUGCUGGUGUUUAUGAGGAGAAAGCACAAAAUAUUGAAACUGUUCUGGACGAUAUUUCCAUUUGCCUGGACCACCUGAGGCGUGAAAGUGAAAGCAUUGCUUGCCUUCAAGAUGUGGAUUCUAUCCUCGCUGACUCGACCCAUUCUUCUCCCUGUUCUUCGAGGAUGCAUGGAGAUAACCCUAUGCAGCAUGUUACACACAAGCAACAAAUAAGAGCAGAACUUGUGGUACAACCAAACAACGGGGUCCUGGGUCACAUUAAAAAAGUGGACACCUCGAACCUUAGACACUCGUCAGAAAUCCCACAAAAGAUAUCAGAAUUUCAGGACUUCCUGCCCAACACUUCCUCUUCCUCAGCCAUAUCUAAUGAUCAUGGGUCUUUCCAGAACAUUCCAAUGUUUGGUGAAACAAAUUUUCCAUUUGCACAUGAAACCCAAACCGAACCUGUUGCUCAGUCGGUACCCAUGUUAAUUUCUAGAUCUAAUGUCAUAGAAGUUCCUUCUACGCGAGCCGAUUUAAACCCAGCCGCUACACCUAUGGAUUUGAAUGGGGGUCAGAACCUACAGAAACAACCUUCUCUGUUGAGUGGAACAGAUGAGAGGAUAACGGUCGACUCUAGUUCUUCAGACGGGCUCAAUUAUUCAGACCUUGACCUGUCUGAAAGCGAUCCAAUGGAAGAGUGCUACAGAAUCUUUAUGGAAGCCAACCAGGGUGAAGAUCCCAUCGUUCAAGGUGACAUGCCAGAGGAAGUCUCAAAGAUGGCUGAGGCUGUCAAGCCAGCUUUGGCUCAGAAAAAGAGAGUAGCCCAUGUAGCAAGGUUUGAGGUCAGUAAAAGCAAAGCACAGGUUCUUGUACCCCUUAGGGAUGGGGGCUCUCAGCAGUCCGUACCCAGCCGGAGUCAGCAGUGCCAGAAAAGGGCAACAUCUCUUACGGCAGCAGUGAAGGGGUGCCAAUCCUUUAUAACGGCCAAUGCACCCAAGCGAGUCCUCGCACCUACUGUUAUUCAUCCAGCAGCUGUGCCAAACACCUGCGUGAACAUCCUCCCCGCUGGAACAACCUUGCGAAUUGGGCCAAACCUGCACCUGAUUGUUCCUGAGGGGAGUUGUGCUUUACCAGUUACACUAAUUCCUGCUGCUGCAAUGCCUGUAGCAUAUCCAGUCCAUCAGCCACCUCCAAUCCAGCAGCCUAUACAACCUGCACAGCCUGCACAACCAGCCAACUACACACCUGCCAAGCCAAUUCCCACCAAGCGAAAAGUGAAAGGACGUGCAGACAUCGGCGUAAAGGUUCCUCACGACGUACGGCAGCGGUAUGUCAACCUGUUCGUGGAGGAGUUCCUGAAAACCUCUGCCACUGUGCAGGAUGCCUUUGAGAAGGCACUAGCGGAAGAGAAGACAGUGUUUGAUCGCAGCAUCAAUAAACUGAAGUAUCUAAGCAUAGCAGUGAAUGCACUCAAGAGGCUUAAAAAUCAAAAUGCAGCUCCGGCCAAAUUUUCCAGCGAAAGCGACGCACAAGCGUCUAGAGGAAAUGUGCCACUCAAUACUCGAGCACUCCUGCAAAAUGGUGACACCACACUCUACGAUCAGCUGAAGGAGCAUAUUCUAACCAAGGCCAUGUUGAGGGAAAAUAACUAUCCUCGCAAACACCCUGAAAAACCUGGGUUUGCCAUUCAGUAUGGCGACAGCAAAAAGGUCAGCACUGAUGUUUCCAGGAGAAUCUGCUGCCGCUGUGGAACUUCUUUCUCCAUUGGCCAGACAGGAAAACACACACGCAAAGAAGAGUGCAACUAUCAUUAUGGGAAAGUCAUGGAAAACAGAGUGCCGGGAGGAGUGGAGACACGCUAUAGCUGCUGUGAGAACGCAGUCGGUUCACCUGGGUGCCAAGUCUUCAAGCUCCAUGUCCAUGAUGCAGUGAGUCUCCAAGGCUUUGUAAGAAGCCUCCCUCAGACUCAUACAGGCUGUCCUGGGAUUUAUGCUAUUGAUACGGAAAUGUGUUAUACCACUCAGGGUUUGGAGCUGGUGAGAGUCACGGUGGUGAACAGCAGCCUGCACGUCAUCUACGACACCUUUGUUAAGCCCGUCAAUGAGGUCAUUGACUAUAACACCAGGUUUUCAGGAGUCAGUGAAGAGGAUGUUAGGAAGAGCAGUUCCUCUUUGCAAGAUGUGCAAGCUGUGCUUUUGAGCUUCAUCAGUGAGAAAACCAUUUUGGUUGGGCAUGGUUUGGAAAAUGAUCUCUGUGCUCUGAAAUUUAUCCACAGCACGGUGGUCGACACAUCCAUGGUGUUCCCCCAUCGCUUGGGUCUGCCACAUAAGAGAGAGCUCAGAAGCUUGACAGCCGAGUAUCUGAGGAAGAUAAUCCAAGAGAGCGUGGAGGGACAUGACACCCAGGAGGAUGCGACGGCGUGCAUGGAGCUCAUGCUGUGGAAGGUGAAAGAAGAUGCUAAAGGGAAGAGAUGGUGAAGAAGAUGAUGAUCAAGCUCCUCGUUGCCUUAACUGCUGUAUAUUUGUAAAAAGAAAACAAAAAAACAUUGCACUUGAAACAUUUGCUUUAUUAUAAAGAUCUUCACCUGUCUAUAUUAGGGUUUCUGGAAUAGAAAUAAUGACUUGUUUCCUCCUGCAUCUAAUUUUUUUACACCUUUUUGUUUUGCUGAUUAUUCACUUUAAGGGAACGGGGUGUCUUUUUAACGCUGGGGUGGUAGUCCUAUUGUGUGUACUGUUUAUUUCCAGCUGACAAACACAUUAGCGUACCUUUAAAUGAUAUAAGGUGACUUGGAGUACAUAAUUCGACUGCAAUUAACCUUUAAGCAUAACAAUUUAUCUUUUUACUUGGAAAUACUAAAGGUACAAAAGGUGUAGGAUUAAGUGCACCACUUCAGUGAUGAGCAAAAGUACAAUUUUGCAUAAUUUUUUUUUUUGUGUGUCAAACACAGUGUUUAUAAAAUAAACUGAUUCACGAUUGCACUAUGGGAAGAAAAAAGUAUUUUUUUUGCACUCGGAUUAUAUAUGUGAAAAAGUAAAAGCACUGCAAUGA